GCCGCAGAGGGGGCGGGGCGGGACGUCGUGGGGGCGCGCACGCAUCCGGCCCGCGGUGCGCGCGCAGGUUGGUGCGUCGGUCGGGGGCGCGCUCGGGUAACCUGUACCCCGCGUAGUCGCCGGUUACCCAUCGGACUAAGUUCCAGUGGUGAUUGACAAAUCAAGUUACAAUGUCCCCGGAAGUGGCCUUGAACCGAAUUUCUCCAAUGCUGUCUCCAUUCAUAUCCAGCGUGGUCCGGAAUGGGAAAGUGGGACUGGAUGCUACAAACUGUUUGAGGAUAACUGACUUGAAAUCUGGCUGCACAUCAUUGACACCUGGUCCCAACUGUGACCGGUUUAAACUGCACAUACCUUAUGCUGGAGAGACAUUAAAAUGGGACAUCAUUUUCAAUGCCCAGUACCCAGAGCUGCCCCCUGAUUUUAUCUUUGGAGAGGAUGCUGAGUUCCUGCCAGACCCCUGUGCGCUGCACAACCUUGCCUCCUGGAAUCCUUCAAAUCCUGAAUGUCUCUUAUUGGUGGUGAAAGAACUUGUGCAACAGUAUCACCAGUUUCAAUGCAGCCGCCUCCGAGAGAGCUCUCGCCUUAUGUUUGAAUACCAGACAUUACUGGAAGAACCACAAUAUGGAGAGAACAUGGAAAUUUAUGCUGGGAAAAAAAACAACUGGACUGGUGAAUUUUCGGCUCGUUUCCUUUUGAAGUUGCCAGUGGAUUUCAGCAAUAUUCCCACAUACCUUCUCAAGGAUGUAAAUGAAGAUCCUGGAGAAGAUGUGGCCCUCCUUUCUGUCAGCUUUGAGGAUACUGAAGCCACCCAAGUGUACCCCAAGCUGUACUUGUCACCCCGAAUUGAACAUGCGCUUGGAGGCUCCUCAGCUCUUCAUAUCCCAGCUUUUCCAGGAGGAGGCUGCCUCAUUGAUUAUGUUCCUCAAGUAUGCCACCUGCUCACCAACAAGGUGCAGUAUGUGAUUCAAGGCUAUCACAAAAGAAGAGAGUACAUUGCUGCUUUCCUCAGUCACUUUGGCACAGGUGUCGUGGAAUAUGAUGCAGAAGGCUUUACAAAACUCACUCUGCUGCUGAUGUGGAGAGAUUUUUGUUUUCUUGUACACAUUGACCUGCCCCUGUUUUUCCCACGAGACCAGCCAACGCUCACAUUUCAGUCCGUCUAUCAUUUCACCAACAGUGGACAGCUUUACUCCCAAGCCCAAAAAAAUUAUCCAUACAGCCCUAGAUGGGAUGGAAAUGAAAUGGCCAAAAGAGCAAAGUCAUUCAGCAUAAGAACCACCUGUGAACACGAACCAGAUUCGUUCCUUAUUAAAGUGCAGGGCUUACAGAGGGCUUAUUUCAAAACCUUCGUCCCUCAGUUCCAGGAGGCAGCAUUCGCCAAUGGAAAGCUCUAGGAAACACCAGUCUUGAGAGCCGGCCAGCCAGACUGCUGUGUCCACAUGCGUGUCAGCACAUAUGGCCGCUUGCUGGAAGCCUCUGGGAAUGUCUUCACACAGCGCUUGCUCGCGCAGCAGCUUUGCGCACCCCAGACAGCCCCACGCCGCUGGACCCGCACUCGAGCCGGCUGGCGACAGCCUGAGCCCUGAGCCCCUCACUCGGGUUGCCCCCCUUCCUUUCCUUCCUUCUGUUUCUUUGUUGGAAGAAAUAAACUCACAAAUCACAGCGCA